AACUGUGGAGGCGCUUUGCAUUCAGUCUCGCUUUCUUGUAGUAGAAAUGGCUCACGUUGUUUAGGCCGGUUUUGUAUUAUUUUUUAUUAUCAAAUUUUCCAUAAUGACUAUGCCAGCUGAAAACUGGAGGCCUCGUCAUGUCAACAUGCAAACUUCAAUGGGAGAUAUACAGCUAGAAUUGUAUUGGAAUCACACCCCAAGAACAUGCCGAAACUUUGCAGAACUUUCAAGGCGUGGCUAUUAUGACAAUGUUAAAUUUCACAGAGUGGUUUCUGACUUUAUGCUGCAAACAGGAGAUCCGACAGGUACAGGGAGAGGUGGCUCAUCAAUUUAUGGUCCUCUUUUUGAAGAUGAAAUUCACAGAGAGUUAAAGCACACAGGAGCUGGUAUUUUAUCAAUGGCAAACAGCGGACCAAACACUAAUGGCAGUCAGUUUUUCAUUACUUUAGCUCCAGCCCAGUGGUUAGAUGGAAGACAUUCAAUAUUUGGUAGAGUUUCAAAAGGGAUGGAAAUUGUUAAAAGACUUGGACAAGUGCCAACUGACAAUGGGGACAGGCCAACACAAGAUAUUUAUAUUAUAAAAGCACAACCUGAAGAGGAGGACUAAACUUUUAGUGUAAAAUAUAUUUGUAAAAUAUAAACGUUAUGUCAUGACCUGAAUCGAUGUUUAUAGCUAAUGUAGUACUUUCACUGUUGCCCUUAUUUGGUCCCCAUGCUGUUGGUAAGACUAUUUAUGUUUACUAGUAGAUUCCUCAAUAAGUUUAGCUGAAUGCAGAUAUGACCAGUUUAUGGAGUUUAACUUUAUUUUUAUGGAAAAUUAGCAGGAUGCAUGAAAAAGGAAAUGACCAAUGCUUGCAAUGGGUGAAGGGGUUAACCCAUUAAAAGGAUUAUACUUCAAGUUAAAAGAUUCAUGGAUCAUUGAAGGGUGUAAAGUCCCAGUCAUAGAGAACUGUGAUGGGCUUGUAUAGAAAUAAGAUAUUAUAUAAAGUGCUUGAUAGAGUUAAAGUUAAACUUUUGAUCAUGAUGUUUUAAUUUUUACCAA